GGCACCGGCCGGUGUGGCCAAGGAAAGAGCAGAACAAUAUCAAGGGAAGGUCACCUUUGCUGUGUUCGUUGCCUGUAUGGUUGCUGCUGUUGGAGGGUCGAUUUUUGGAUACGAUAUUGGAAUCUCAGAACGCAAUACUGUACCCAGCAAUUAUGAUUUCCCAAUGGAUCACUUCAAAAAUGAAUGUUCAAUUCCAACUUCAAUUAUUAACAGGAGGAGUGAUCUCAAUGGAUGCAUUUCUUGAAAAAUUUUUCCGUAGUGUAUAUUUAAAGAAGAAGCAUGCACAUGAAAACAACUACUGCAAAUACGACGACCAAAGGCUGGCAGCUUUUACCUCUUCUCUCUACCUUGCUGGAUUGGCUGCAUCUCUAGUGGCAGGUCCUAUUACUAGAAUAUAUGGUCGCCGUGCAAGUAUAAUUUCUGGAGGCAUUAGCUUUCUUAUUGGUGCAGCCUUGAAUGCCACAGCUAUUAAUCUGGCAAUGCUCCUCCUAGGACGGAUCAUGCUAGGUGUUGGCAUAGGAUUUGGGAAUCAGGCUGUUCCACUAUAUUUAUCAGAGAUGGCGCCUACUCAUCUUCGAGGAGGACUGAACAUUAUGUUUCAGUUAGCAACAACCAGUGGAAUCUUUACAGCAAAUAUGGUAAAUUAUGGUACUCAUAAGCUUGAAUCAUGGGGAUGGAGACUCUCACUGGGACUAGCAGCAGCCCCAGCUCUCCUAAUGACAAUAGGAGGAUUACUUCUGCCCGAGACACCAAACAGUUUAAUUGAACAAGGAUUGCAUGAGAAAGGGAGAAAUGUCCUGGAGAAAAUCAGAGGAACCAAGCAUGUAGAUGCAGAAUUUCAGGACAUGCUAGAUGCGAGUGAAUUGGCUAACUCAAUCAAGCAUCCCUUCAGAAACAUUCUUGAGAAAAGGAACAGACCGCAAUUGGUUAUGGCAAUUUUCAUGCCAACGUUCCAGAUUCUUACAGGCAUUAAUAUUAUCCUCUUCUAUGCUCCCCCACUGUUUCAAAGCAUGGGAUUUGGAGGAAAUGCCGCACUCUACUCCUCAGCUGUGACUGGAGCAGUUCUUUGUUCCUCUACCUUCAUUUCCAUAGCAACAGUUGACAGACUAGGUAGAAGAUUUUUACUUAUCAGUGGAGGAAUACAAAUGAUAACAUGCCAGGUAAUAGUGGCUAUAAUCUUGGGAGUAAAAUUUGGGGACAACCAGCAACUGUCUAAAAGCUUCUCAGUGUUGGUGGUAAUUAUGAUUUGCCUCUUUGUUUUAGCUUUUGGAUGGUCAUGGGGUCCAUUAGGCUGGACAGUACCAAGUGAGAUAUUUCCACUCGAAACGCGAUCAGCUGGACAGAGCAUUACAGUAGCUGUAAACCUUUUCUUCACUUUCGUCAUAGCACAGUCUUUCCCUUCACUUCUUUGUGCAUUCAAGUUUGGGAUAUUCCUCUUCUUUGCUGGUUGGGUUACUGUCAUGACCGCCUUCGUUUACAUCUUCCUGCCUGAAACCAAAGGAGUUCCCAUUGAAGAGAUGAUAUUCCUAUGGAGAAAGCACUGGUUCUGGAAGAAAAUAGUGCCAGGACAACCAGAAGUUGAUGAUAGUAGGGAAAGCAUGGAAAUGGGUGAAGCUGUUGCAAGCAGAAUUAAGUAGCCCCCCUUCCAUAAGAAUUUCUCACCUCAAGAAGAAUUUCCCAUUCACAGAGAUGCUUUUCUUUCAUGCCAGAAAUCAGAAAUGACUUGGCCAGAUAGCCAAUUGAUUAUGCAAAUAUUUUCCUGUAUGUGAAAGGGCAAAACCUUUUAUGCAAUGAUGCCCUCAGCAUCCUGUCUAGCUUUCCAGACUCGCUCUGAUAUGUUUAAAGAAAGAAAUGAAUUGACAAAUACAUAAUCAUUAAAAAGCUCUA